CUAAUCAGGUGGUGGUGUGGAACCGCGGGGCGGGACUGUCGGAGCCAGAACACGGACCGAACCCGAACCUGAGCCGGAGCGAGAGUCGGAGCCGGAGCCGCAACGAGGUUGGUCGGUUUGGAGCUGCGGGGAGAGGACCCAAGGGUAGGAUCCGGACUGUUGGACCUUCCUUCUGGGUGCCCUUUGCUCAGGGUCAGGCUGGGAUGCCCUGGCCCUGCUCCCAUGGAGCUGAAGGUGUGGGUAGAUGGAGUCCAGCGCGUGGUCUGUGGCGUCUCAGAGCAGACCACCUGCCAGGAAGUGGUCAUCGCCCUGGCCCAAGCCCUAGGGCAGACGGGCCGCUACGUGCUCAUCCAACGACUCCGAGACAAGGAGCGGCAAAUGCUGCCCCAGGAGUGCCCGGUGGGGGCCCAGGCCACAUGUGGACAGUUUGCCAACGACGUCCAGUUUGUGCUGCGGCGGACGGGGCCCAGCCUAGCUGAACGGCCCGCCUCGGACCCCUGUCUUCCCCCAGAGCCUUCCCUCGCGUGGGCCAGCCUUCCCCCCAGGCCCCAGCCCCCUGCCCACCAUGAGCCCCGCAGGGGGUGGCCCUCUCCCCCCUUGGGAAGGAGCUCCAUCUGGCCCAAGGAGGACAUAGGAGGGGAGCUGUGGGGCCUGGAGCACCUGGUCCAAAGCAAUGAGGCCGAGCUGGGUCAGGAGGGCUUCUGGCAAGAGGAGCUCAAGCGGGAACUGGAACAGGAGCUGGAGCGGCAGGGCCACAUGCAGAAACUGCAGGCCGCCACCGAGGAAUGCGUCCGGCGCCUUCGGGAGCUGGACGCUCAGGCCCGGGCCCUGGAGGAGGAGAUCCGCUGGCGGCAGCAGCAGCAGGAGGCGCCGGGCCCCCGGAGGCCGCAGGAUGAGGCGGCGGCCGCCCGGCUCCAGAGGGACCUGCAGACCCAGGCCCUCCAGAGCGAGAGGCUGGAGAGCAGCCUGGCCAGCGUGGGCCGGGCCCUGGCGGAAGCGGAGCAGAGCCUGCAGGCCCAGGCCCAGGAGGUGGAGGAGCUGAACCGAGAGCUUAGACAGUGUAACCUGCAGCAGUUCAUCCAGCAGGCCGGGCCUGCGCUGCCCCCAAGGCCCCAGGGCCCUGGCUCCAGCCAGGAUCCUCCAGCCUCACCAACAAACCCAUCCCACACCUUCCCGAGAUGUCCAGCCUGAACCCCAAAGCACACGUAAGCCGGCUCCCCCUGCCCCUCCGGGAAGAAGACUCUGAGCAGGGCCCUUGUGUGCCCGCCACUCUGGCGCCU